AUGACGUUCUGGUCCAAGGCCCUUCGUCAGGACGCAGGGGUGUGUAUGCCGACAGCGGAGAGCGCCCCAGUGGCCGUCCCCCUCGGUGAUCAUUACCCCAGACAGCGGAGACCGCCCCUGUGGCCGUCCCCCCGGGUGAUCAUUACCCCAGACAGCGGAGACAGCCCCCCGUGGCCGUCCCCUCGGGUGAUCAUUACCCCAGACAGCGGAGACCGCCCCCGUGGCCGUCCCCCCGGACAGCGGAGACCGCCCCCGUGGCCGUCCGCCCCGGGUGAUCAUUACCCCAGACAGCGGAGACCGCCCCUCUGGCCGUCCCCCCGGGUGAUCAUUACCCCAGACAGCGGAGACCGCCCCCGUGGCCGUCCGCCCCGGGUGAUCAUCAUCCCAGACAGCGGAGACCGCCCUCGUGGCCGUCCGCCUCAACAGCGGAGACCGCCCCCUGUGGCCGUCCCCCUCGGUGAUCAUUACCCCAGACAGCGGAGACCGCCCCUGUGGCCGUCCCCUCGGACAGCGGAGACCGCCCCUCUGGCCGUCUCCCUCGGUGAUCAUUACCCCAGACAGCGGAGACCGCCCCCUGUGGCCGUCGCCCUCGGUGAUCAUUACUCCAGACAGCGGAGACCGCCCCUGUGGCCGUCCCCCUCGACAGCGGAGACCGCCCCUGUGGCCGUCCCCCUCGGUGAUCAUUACCCCAGACAGCGGAGACCGCCCCCCGUGGCCGCCCGCCUCGGUGAUCAUUAUCCCAGACAGCGGAGACCGCCCCUGUGGCCGUCCCCCUCGACAGCGGAGACCGCCCCUCUGGCCGUCUCCCUCGGUGAUCAUUACCCCAGACAGCGGAGACCGCCCCCUGUGGCCGUCGCCCUCGGUGAUCAUUACUCCAGACAGCGGAGACCGCCCCUGUGGCCGUCCCCCUCGACAGCGGAGACCGACCCCGUGGCCGUCCCCCUCGGUGAUCAUUACCCCAGACAGCGGAGACCGCCCCCUGUGGCCGUCCCCCUCGGUGAUCAUUACCCCAGACAGCGGAGACCGCCCCAGUGGCCGUCCCCCUCGGUGAUCAUUACCCCAGACAGCGGAGACCGCCCCCGUGGCCGUCCCCCUCGGUGA